AUGUCUAUCCCGAACGAAGCACUGCAGAAGCUGGUGCGAGAGAUCGAAAGCCAGGCGCUGGUAGCCCAGCAGCAGAUAGGCCUUGCCCGGACUCAAAUGACAUCGAAACAACGAGAGCAACGCCUCGUCAAGCUCACACUCAGCGAAAUGGCCAGUCUGCCCCAAGACGCUGUCGUGUACGAAGGUGUCGGCAAAAUGUUCGUCUCGCUUCCUGUGGAUUCACUUCGCCAAAAGCUUGAGGGCCAGACACAGACUUUGGAGGGAGAGGUGGACAAACUGAGCCAGCGAUUGCUUUAUUUGGAAACAACACACAAGAAUAGCCGCGAGCAUAUUGAGCAGAUGCUCCGCACCAAGUAA